AUGCGGUUGGAUCCUGGCUGCGAACACGUCCUGCCCAUUGACUAUUACUUUCCACCUCAAAAGACCUGCCUGAUCUGCGGUGAUGAAGCGUCCGGGUGCCACUACGGAGCCCUCACUUGUGGCAGCUGCAAAGUCUUCUUCAAACGGGCCGCAGAAGGGAAGCAGAAGUACCUUUGUGCCAGCCGGAAUGACUGCACCAUCGACAAGUUCAGGAGGAAAAACUGCCCGUCCUGCCGCCUGCGGAAGUGCUACGAGGCGGGGAUGACCCUCGGAGCCCGCAAGCUUAAGAAGCUGGGCAACCUGAAGAUCCAGGAUGAUUCCGAGGCAGGCGGCUCGUCCAGCCCCGCAGAGGAGCAAGCCCCCAAGAUGGUGAUGACCCACAUCGAUGGGUACGAGUGCCAGCCCAUCUUCCUCAACGUCCUGGAGGCCAUCGAGCCCGGCGUGGUGUGUGCUGGCCACGACAACAGCCAGCCUGACUCCUUCUCCAACCUGCUGACCAGCCUGAAUGAGCUGGGAGAGAGGCAGCUGGUCUAUGUGGUGAAGUGGGCAAAGGCCUUGCCAGGGUUCCGUAACCUGCACGUGGACGACCAGAUGUCCAUAAUCCAGUACUCUUGGAUGGGUCUUAUGGUUUUUGCCAUGGGGUGGAGAUCUUUCACCAACGUCAAUUCCAGGAUGCUCUACUUCGCUCCAGAUUUGGUCUUCAACGAGUACCGCAUGCACAAGUCCAGGAUGUACAGCCAGUGCGUCAGGAUGCGGCACCUCUCUCAGGAGUUCGGGUGGCUUCAGAUCACGCCCCAGGAGUUUCUCUGCAUGAAGGCGCUGCUCUUCUUCAGUAUUAUUCCCGUGGAUGGCCUGAAGAACCAGAAGCUCUUCGAUGAACUUCGAAUGAAUUAUAUAAAGGAACUCGACCGCAUCAUCGCAUGCAAGAGGAAGAACCCUACCUCCUGCUCUCGGCGGUUUUACCAGCUCACCAAGGUCCUGGACUCCGUGCAUCCGAUUGCCAAGGAUCUGCAUCAGUUUACAUUUGACCUUUUGAUUAAGGCACAUAUGGUCAGCGUGGACUACCCUGAAAUGAUGGCCGAGAUCAUCUCCGUGCAGGUUCCCAAGAUCCUGUCUGGCAAAGUCAAGCCCAUCUACUUCCACGCGCAGUGACGCGCCGGAGGGAGCUCCUGUUCUGCCGCCCCCAUCGCAGCCAUCUCCU